CUGCCAUGAGCCAAAUGAAGGUUGGGAUUUUUUCUGGGCGUGUUCUUGACCAUACACGUGGCAAUCUGCCACGUGUACCAAUGCUGAAGAACCCUAAAGUUUUUGCCGUAAAAGCCCUAAGGUUUUUGGCGCAGAGUUCUUGGAGAAUGGCGGUGCCGAAUCCAAAGACGGCGCUCUAUGUCGGAGGCUUGGAUGAGAAUGUGAACGAGGAGGUUCUCCACGCGGCUUUCAUUCCAUUUGGCGACAUCAAGGACGUGACAAUGCCGCUGGAUCAAGGCACGCAAAAGCACCGGGGCUUUGGAUUCGUCACGUAUUUGGAGAGGGACGAUGCAGCGGCUGCCAUGGACAACAUGCACAACUCGGAGCUCUUUGGCAAAGUGUUGACGGUGAAUUACGCACAGCCCAUGAAGAUCAAGGGAGGAGAACAGGGCUGGGCAUCUCAACCAAUUUGGGCGGAUGCCGAUACGUGGUUUGAGCGUCAACAGCGGGAGCUAGAGAUGAAGAAGCUCAAGGCCGAGCAGGAUGCGACAGUCAAGGCAGCUCAAGAGGCUGAGAGAAAGAAGCUCUUGGAUGCCCUCGAGGGAGAAGUGGAAGAACCAGAAGAGCCAGAAGUCACAAUGCCUGUUGACCCUGCGAUCAUGCAAGGGACGCAAGAAGCAGAGGUCCCUUGAACAGUGUACUUCUCUUCUGGAUUGUCUGGAACUGCAGGUAGUUUGAUCUGUAAUCUUUUUAGUUAUUCGGUGUUUGAUGAAUGUUGUCAGGUCUUCCACGUUCCUAUGAAAAAAAAAAAACAGGAGCAUUGUAUGCGUGGCUCAGAAGUGAAGGUCAGUAUGGGUCGGCUGGAAGAAUGACGACCUUUGGAGGACUAGGAGGACUUAAUGGACUUGGAGGACAUGCACUUCUCACGGCAGUUGUGGAUGUAUAGGUUGACUAGCUCCUUCUGCUUCAGCCACUGUUGCUGGAGAACAGCCGAAAUCUGUGGAGAACAGACAAUGUGAAAGUUUGUAUGGAAGAGAAAAAGCAAACUCUGAUCUAUCGGAUCUUAGAGAAGCAGCGCUGUGUGUUGUUGUGAACAAGAGCAGCAGCGGCAGUUUCAGUCAAUCAAGAGCCAUUACCUUUGCUUUGCUUUAGAACUAUCUUUUCUUCCAACCUUUGCGGGGAUGAGCUCUUCCUUGAGAGUUAUUUUAUACACAAGGUAUAGUUUUAGGCACGCCUAAAGUCCUCGGGCAAUAGGUUGUCAAGGAGGUUUCUUCGAUCGAACGGACAACCAAGGAAGAAAUAUCUAGUGGAAAGAAUUUAUAAAACUGAAUUGAAGCAAAUGGCUCUCAAAGAAAUCAAUUGAAAUCUUUAACGCUAAA